AUGCCAUUAGAUCAACGAUUCAAUCAUGUGCAUUUGGAUUUAAAAAUACUUCCAGAGUGCCAUGGUUAUAGAUAUGCAUUAACUAUGAUAGACAGAUUCACACGAUGGCCAGAGGUCACUCCAUGGAAAGACAUCGCCGUUGACACAGUCGUGGAGAAUUUUUUUGCAACUUGGAUAUCGCGAUUUGAGUUUCCCAAACUAGUAGCAACUAACCAGGGUACUCAAUUUGAGUCGGCAUUGUUCAAGGGGUUAGCAAACCGCUUAGGCACACAGAGAAUACGCACAUCGUCGUAUCACCCGGAACCAAAUGGGUUAAUUGAGCGAUUUCAUCGCACUUUGAAGACAGCACUCAUGGCACGAGCUCAGCACACAUGGAUACAAUUAUUACCUUCAGUUUUAUUAGGUCUUCGAUCCUCUGUUAAAGAAGACAUAAACACAUCAGCAGCAGAAAUGGUGUAUGGUACAACACUGCACUUACCGGGAGAAUUCUUUGUGGAAACACAGAGACCUCCAGACGAACAAAAAUUCCUGAAAACAUUAUGUGAGCAUAUACGACAAUUUAAACCAACUCCAACUUCCAAUCAUUCAAACAGAUCUGUUUUCGUUCACAAGACGUUGGAUAGUGCGUCUCAUAUAUUUAUAAAAACAGACCAUCUAAGGAAACCAUUAGAACCACCGUACACAGCACCAUACAAAAUAAUCAAAAGAAUCAACCAUAGGCUUUUUACAGUGGACGUACGCGGAAAUCCAGUAAACUUAGCAAUAGACAGACUAAAGCCGGCCUUUUUUGAACCUAUGGUUAUGGAGCCUAAUUUUAUCGAAGUGGACGUAAGUGGUAAACCCAUGAAAGAGGAACAACUCGUCCGACCAAGAAAGAAAGUGACAUUUGACUUGAAAGACCCGUUAGAGAACCUAUGCCCACUCAGUAAUCAGCAAGCCAGACCACCAGUCUAG